GUGACGCUAGCCUAGGUGGAGUUAUCGGGGUAAUGGCGUCGCAUCGGCCUAACCACCCUCAACCACCGAAAUUGCGGUUUCCGCGGGCCAAGCCCGUGAUUAUCGCUCACCGGACUAUAAUCUGACGACGCUUGGUUACCGCGAACCAUUGGCAAAGUUCCAUAGCUACCCGCACCGGGUACCCGGACUAGGCCUCGGCCUGUGGGUGCACGUGUGACAAGUGAUAAGAACAAAUACUUGGGCCUAUUAGUCUCUCAAGAAACGCUUUGGGAUUUGACUUCAUAUCAACAUUUUCCACACUUAAUUCAACCUAUAUAAGUUAUACAACUGAGGAUUUUCAAGGCUUCUACUUCGUAACGGAAUAUAUAUUCAUCUGGACAUAUUACCAUCUCUGGCCUGGGUGCCGUCUGACUUUGGUCAAGGAUGGCGUCUGUGCCUGUGUACUGUUUGUGCCGUCUGCCAUAUGACGUGACACGCUUUAUGAUUGAAUGUGAUGUCUGCCAGGACUGGUUUCAUGGAAGCUGUGUUGGGGUGGAGGAAGAAAAAGCAUCUGAAAUUGACCUGUAUCAUUGUCCAAACUGCCAGAUCACACACGGCCCCUCUGUCAUGAAACGUCGAAGAGGAGGCCAGAAGCAGGACUCGAUAAGCAAGGAGCUAGGGAAGCCUGUGCAGACAGGAAGUGCAAGCUUUAUUAAGGAGCUUAGGAGCAGGAACUUCCCCAGUGCAGAUGAGGUGAUCCUGAAACCCCAGGGAGCCCAGCUGACCGUGGAGUAUCUAGAGGAGAAUAGUUUUAGUGUCCCUAUCUUGGUGCUGAAGAAGGACGGGCUUGGCAUGACACUUCCUGCUCCCUCCUUUACAGUGUCUGAUGUUGAGUAUUACGUGGGUCCAGAGAAGGAGAUUGAUGUAAUCGACGUAACCAGACAGGCCGACCUGAAAAUGAAGCUGAAGGAUUUUGUGAAAUAUUACAACAGCCCCAAAAGAGAGAAAGUGCUGAAUGUAAUCAGCCUGGAGUUUUCAGAAACAAGGUUGUCUAACCUGGUUGAAACCCCAAAGAUUGUGCGCAAGUUGUCCUGGGUAGAGAACCUAUGGCCGGAGGAGAGUGUGUUUGAGAGGCCAAAUGUCCAGAAGUAUUGUUUAAUGGGAGUGAAAGACAGCUACACAGAUUUCCACAUUGACUUUGGAGGCACCUCCGUUUGGUAUCACGUUUUAAAGGGUGAGAAGAUCUUCUACCUUAUCUGUCCCACCAGCACUAACUUGUCUCUGUUCGAAUGUUGGAGCAGCUCUUCCAAUCAGAAUGAGAUGUUCUUUGGGGAUCAAGUGGAUAAAUGUUAUAGAUGUUCGGUCAAGCAGGGCCAGACACUUUUCAUCCCCACAGGAUGGAUUCAUGCUGUGCUCACGCCUGUUGACUGUUUAGCCUUCGGAGGAAAUUUUCUGCACAGCCUGAACAUUGCUAUGCAGCUCAGAGCAUACGAGAUUGAGAAAAGGCUGAGCACCGCUGACCUCUUUAAGUUCCCAAACUUUGAGUCCAUCUGUUGGUAUGUGGGGAAGCAUCUGCUGGACACUUUUCGCGGGCUGCGAGAGAACAGAAGACACCCGGCUUCCUACUUAGUUCAUGGAGCCAAGGCCCUAAACACGGCAUUCCGAUCCUGGACCAAAAAAGAGGCUUUGGCAGAUCAUGAAGAAGAGAUCCCAGAGACUAUAUUUACGUCUCAACUUAUAAAAGACCUGGACCGUGAGAUUCGGCUUAUGGAGGAUAUCUUCCAUCAAAACAUUGAGAAGACUGGCAAUCCCUUGGGUCUAACGCGAAGCUCUCCUGCAGGCACCAAUUCUCCCUCCAAAGCGUUCCCUCUACUGAAGGGCUCCAAGAAGAGGGGCAUGAAAAUAAAGGAGCAGGUGAAGAAAGGGGGGCGGAGGGGCAAAGAGAUGGAUGAGGUCAGUCCAGAGCCGCCUGGGACCCACACCCAUAAUUUUCAAAAGAAAAUACUGGCAUUCAAGAAAGAAAAGAUGGAAGCGGCAUCAUUGGAUUUCGUAGAUGAGAAGCCCCAGAGCUGUCUCCUUGAUUUGGGCACAACAGAGAAUAAACUGAGGAUGUUGCUGGCGAACGGUUCCAACACUAGUAAGAAGGUGCGAAUAGGAGCCGGCAGCAGGAGUCAGGUGUUAAUGAGCAAAGCAAUCAAGAAAGAGGAGGAUGAAGACGAUGAAGCAGACUUGUCCCCUGGGGAUCCUUCAUACCUAGAUUCCGAAGACGACUUGCAGAUUGACGAGACCCCUCGCAAGGAGAGAAAGCCGCUGCUUCCAAAGAGGAAGCUUAGCCAAUUUCCAAGAAAACUGCCGCGGGCAAAACCAUGCUCUGACCCCAACCGUGUACGGGAGCCUGGUGAGCUGGAGUUUGAUGUGGAGGAAGAUUACACUACAGAUGAGGAAAUGGGUGGUGCAGAUGGUGAUCAUUUGGGAGCCAGCAGCGGAGGAAUUUUAGACCUCUUGAAAGCUAGCCGACAGGUUGGGGGACCAGACUACUCACCUGAUCAUGAUGAAGCCCCUGCGUCCCCCAGCACACAAGAAGCCAUUCAGGGUAUGCUGUGUAUGGCCAAUCUUCAAGCAUCGUCGUCCUCUUCCUGCACUCCUGCUGCCAGCUUGCAGGCCUGGUGGGCAUCGGGGCAGGAGAGUGGAGCUGGGACGCCGGGUCAGCAUGGAGGCAUUAAAGGUUCUGGAAGCAGCAAUAAAACUGGCAGCAAUGGUACCAGCAGCACUGGAAGCAAAGUAAUCAUCCGGCCUGGCAAAAGACCAGUAAAACGUCCUGCACAUCACAGUAUGGAUAGCGAUGACGAGGAUAGUACAGAUGAGCAGGAGACACUGGGAGCCUGUUUUAAAGAUUCAGAGUACAUUUACCCUUCUCUGGAAUCUGAUGACGACGACCCUGCUUUUAGAUCACGUCCAAAGAAGAAGAAACAGACGGACGACGCUCCGUGGAACCCAAAAGCUCGUGUCACUCCAACACUCCCCAAACAAGCACGUCCUGUUCGUGAGGGUACACGCGUGGCUUCAGUGGAAACGGGGCUGGCUGUGGCUGCAGCUAAACUUUCCCAGCAGGAACAACAGAAAUCUCAAAAGAAGAAAGUGAGUGCUAAGAAAAAGCCACCAAUUGAGCCUGAGCCUGUCCCCCUACCAGCAGAGCCGGACCCACCUCCCCCUGAGACCCAGCCUGAGGUUUUCUCUGGCAGCCUUGCCGACCACGAGUACACAGCAGGUCCCAACAUAUUUGGCAUGGCACAGAUAAACCGUGGCACUACCCCAAUGGCUCCAGGAGUCUUCCUCUCACACAGGCGGCUGUCAGCAACCUCCCCUGGUAGCCCAGCAGCACAGGGAAAAAGGCCCAAGAAGGGUCUAGCCACUGCCAAGCAACGUCUGGGCAAAAUACUGAAGAUCCAUCGGAAUGGCAAACUGCUUCUGCUGUGACCUCCCGCCAUACUCCUGCUCCUGGGGGGGCUUGUUUCUUGCUUCCAUCUUACCUGAACAGAGAUGGGAGACUUCUAGGAGGGACAUGGUUGGCUCCUUUUGCUCACAGAGCUGAGCCUCCAGAUGGAGUGGACGUGUAUUUUUAUAGCUUCAGAUAUAAACAUUGUGUGUUACUGACACAGAUAUCAACCAAAAUGGCGGAGUCCCACUACGGCAGCUCAGAAAAAGUCCCGAAAAAAGGAUAUAAAAAGAACAAAUUAAGUGCUGUGUUUAAAACAUGUGGAAGCGGCUGCUGGGUUUUGUGUUACGCCAUUAACCUCAUUGCUUUGUGCGUCUUUCAUCCUUGGGCUCAUUUACAUUGGGGAGUGUCGUGACGUAAGACGUAUGAACUUUUCUAGCCCAUGAGUAGACAGUUGUUUGGAUUGUCUGCCCAACCAGCUACAGUUGUUUUAUGCCCAUCUCUAAUGUAGUGUUAUCCUAAUAAGCUACCUAACAGUGCAGCAUUAGAUCUAGGCGAUACAUGAGAUCUAGGAUGGCUUGCUUUUGUUUUUAAACAUCUCCCUUGCAGUUUUAUAUUAGCUGUUUUCUCCAGAUUACUUCUACUGUCUGUCAGCGAAUGUGCUGGGAAAUGUUGCCAUUUUUAUAAAGCGUUGAAACAUGGCAUUCUGGGACCGCAAUAACAACUGUAUUACACGAGUAUAAUGAAUAAGAAAAAAUGAUAUGCUUGUGCGCCAAAUCUGGCAGUGGCACCAAAUAACGUUAAACUAGUUACCGACAACACAGCCCUGCUUUUUUUUAAUUGCUCAGCCGCUCUUUAAAUGGUUACUGCCAGCAAUAGGGAAGUGCUGAACAUCUGCAUUUCCUGCAGUUUUUAACUUAUUCUAUAUUUUCAUUUUUAUCUCCCUUCAUUAGCUCCUUGAUGCAUUGUUGAACUUUUGUAAAAUAAUGUGCGGUAAAUGUAGCAGAGGAAUGUACAGCUAGAACCUACUGCUGGGGAAGCCCUGGCCACCGAAAACACAGCUGUAGUGCUUAAAGUGAAAUCCUAGAGCGAAGUACUGAAUGCUUAAACAGCACUUUUGUUUGCUGUUAGGAAUCUACAGAUAAGUCAUUUUUAUCCACAAAGUUUUAAUUGACAGGUGCUUUGAGAAGAAUAACGUUGAUUAUAGACUUGCAUUUUUACAGCAGCUUGUAUGUGAGUUUGCUGUUUUAAUGUUUUUACUAAUAAUAACAGGCCGUUUAGUAAUAAGGUAGCUCAAAAGUGGGACUUAAAUAUUUUUAGACUGUAUAAAGAUACAUGGUUCUUCAGCGAA